AUGAGUACCAGAACUCCUAGAAAUGCUGGAAACACCGGAAACACCGGAACCACCAGAAAUACCGCAAACGUAGGAAUCUCCAGAAACACCGGGAACACUGCAAACCCCGGAAAUGCUGGGAACACCAGAAAUACCGGAAGCAGUGGAAAUGCCGGAAACACUACAAGCACGGGCAAUACCGGAACCGCCGGAGCCGCCAAAACCGUGUCGCCUCUAUUCAGCGCCGAGAUUGAGGUUUACAUCAAGCUCAAACCCAGCGUGGAAGCGGCGCUGAGAAAAAAGAAAAGAACGAACCCUUCCUCCCUGCCCUCGUAUUUUCGGGAUUGGGACUUUGACCUCUGGAACAACGCCGAUGCUCAUCCCAAAGCGGUACAGAAGCGCUGCGUUACUACGGCUGUUAAAGCAAUCAUCGACAGUGCUUUAGGUGAUAAUAACGGAUGGGGGUGCGAGGCGGACUUCGGCUUGAAAGAUGACUGGCUCCGACUCGGCCCAGAUGCCGAAGCAAGAAAGUGGUGGGGGAUUAAAAUCAAUACGCCACUCAGGUCGGUAUCGGAGGAGUGGCAAGUACCUACCGACAUAGUCUGGGAAGAACUUGGUGAGAAGUUCGACUUCUGGAUCGACGAGUCCUGCAGCUUCCACGUACACGUAGCGCCCGGCCCAACCAGACAAAACCGCUAUACGCUGGAUCAGAUUGUUAGGAUGGCGAAAGGAACGUACUUCUGGGAGCAUGCGCUGUCCCAGCUCGUACCGCAAAGCCGUAAAUGGAAUGAAUUCGCCUUGCCAAACAACACUAUUUUCGCGGGGGACGAAUAUAUAGGAGUCCCUGACAAAGGGUGGGCCCCCCUCUUUGCAAAGAUCGACAGGCUUGCGGCUAUAUCCGAGACCAAACUUCUCGAUUCACUGAAAGGCGGGGAGACUAGGAAAGGCUGGACAGCGAACGUAUCGACCAACUUUUGCCCACUUUACGAAAGAGGAACAAUCGAGUUCCGUCGCCAGGGCGGCGUUGCCUCAACUCUGAGUACCACCCGUUGUAUCCUCCUGGCCGUUACGCUUCACAUGAGCGCCCUCCGCUAUAACUUCGAUAAAGCCAGUACCCGGAAGGACUACCCCGACGGAGAAGAACUGAUCAAGGAGCUCGCUGGCUGCGUCAAAAAGCUUCCCGAGACAUGCCACGGUACUCGAUUCGUUUACUGGCUUAACUGGUGCCAGGAAUCCUACGGCGCCUCCCCGAAAGAUUACACCGCGGCCCAAAUCAACAUCAGAGAGGAAGCCCACCGUAAGGGAGCAAUCCCUCCUAAUCAGCGUCCAUAUGACCGUUUUGCCGAGCCUUGCCCUCCCGGGGCGAUGGUGCUCCCCGCAUAUGUGACACCAUCUUCCACGGCCACAAACACCGCCCCGCAAGCACGACAGGGAACAGCCGCCGCGGCCCAAGGAAGGGGAGGAGCAGCAAGCGGGAGAGGAGGUGCCUCCGGCGGAAGGGGGGGAGCGGCAGGUGGGAGGGGCGGCGCAGCCCAGGGCUCGUCGACCACCCCCGGCAGAGGGGGAACCGCCACCGGCGGAAGGGGCGGAGGAGCAGCAGCGAGCGGCAGAGGGGGAACCGCCACCGGCGGAAGGGAAGGCGGAACAGCCAGUGGCAGAGGAGGCGGCGCUUCUGCCGGUGGUGCUCCCGCCCGAACGACCGCCGGCGCCCGGACCGGCGGUGGCAUGACGACGCGUCUGCCUGAACGCCUCGCGGCGUCGUCUUCUACCGCGCCCGCUGCCGGCCAGCGUCGCCGCCAGCAGGGUGAUGGUUCCUAG